UCUAAAUAUACAAAAAAAAUGAAAAAAAGGAUUUAGUAUUUGUUGUCAGCUAUUUAAAAUAGUCAACACCACUCCGCCUGAGUCUUCAACUCCUCUCCCCCCCUCAUCAGUACAUUCAUAAAAAAUAAAUACAGAAAAAAGUCUGUCUCUAUCUAUAUUAUAUAUAUAUACAGCAUUUAUAUGUAACGGUGGUGGUUGACGGUGGUGAAGCUGCCAGCUGAGAAAAUUGAUCAAUUCAGUCAGUUAGGGUUUGAUUUAAGCUAACUCACAGAAAAAUGCCGAUGAGUAGAUACGAGAUAAGGAAUGAGUAUAGUUUGGCCGAUCCAGAUCUGUACCGAACCGCCGAUAAGGAUGACCCAGAGGCUUUGCUUGAAGGAGUCGCCAUGGCUGGCUUGGUCGGGGUUCUUCGCCAGCUUGGUGACCUCGCGGAGUUUGCUGCUGAUGUUUUUCAUAAUCUACAUGAAGAAGUGAUGGCAACUGCUGCAAGAGGCCAUGGCCUAAUGAUGCGAGUUGAACAGCUCGAGACUGAGGUCCCUUCAAUUGAGAGAGCAUAUCUCUCCCAGACAGAUCAUUCCUCAUUCUUUUACCAAGCUGAUGCAGGUGUUGAUUGGCAUCCUAGUCUACAUAUAGACCAGAAUCUAGUCACACAGGGAGAUUUACCUCGAUUUAUAAUGGAUUCCUACGAAGAAUGCAGGGCCCCUCCUCGUUUAUUCCUUCUAGACAAGUUUGAUGUUGCGGGCGCUGGAGCAUGUCUAAAACGUUACACAGAUCCUUCAUUUUUCAAAGUAGAAACAUCCGGAAUGACUCGCUCAGAUAUUCAGAGGGAGAAAAAGAUCCGCAAAGGAAAGAAGAAAGGACCGCGUUGGAGAAAUGGAGAAAACCCUGAAGUUUUAUCGACAUCGCAUACCAAACUCCAUCAGCUUUUUAUGGAGGAGCAUGUUGAAAAUGGUGUUAGCAACCCUUCUCGCCGUGUAAAAUUAAAGAGGAGGCUGAACGGAUUCCCAUUUGACUCAGCAUCUGGGAAGACCUACAUGGAGAAAUUUCUGAGCACUCCUACGCCCGAUCGUGAAGUGCUUCAUGAAGUCACUGUGCAUUCAUCAGCACUGAUGUUGGCUACAUAUGAACAUAACGAAUCUGGGCUUGAAGUCAGACCAGUGAGCCCUGACGGAGAGAAUAUGGGGAGUAAAAGAAGUCCUCCUUCAUCUCCAGAUAGAGAGGAAAUUGUGCUGAAUCCUUCCAUGUAUAAUCCAAGUGGGGUUCCCACAGAUGAUAAAAUCUGUGAGGUACACAAUUCAUAUCCUAGUAUUGCAACAGAUCACAUCUCAUCAUCUCUUGAUGAGGCGAGUGGUGAAAAGGUUAUAGCUGUGGAUACAGAAAGCAACAGAGAAGGAAGCUUGACUGGUUAUCAAUCCGAUGAUAUUGCUAGUGAGGUAGACAAUUAUGUGGAUGCACCUUCAACCAUGGAGUCAGAAAUGGAUACAGACUCCGAAUUGAGAGGGAAGAGUGAUUUCACCUCCUCGCAUAAAAAAAUUCAACCACUGUCAGAGGCAUCUGAGGAACAUCUUCACAGCCAGUCACCAGAUUCCCAAUCUACUGGAGGCUCAGUAGUAUCUGAUAAGGGGAGCACUUCAUCCAGAAACGAAAUAUCUAGUUUCUCCUCUGAUUCUCUGAGCAGUGCAGCUGAAAACUCACAAUCAGAAAAAAGUUCUGCCAAAGGAUAUCCAUCUACUGAUAUCCCUAAAAACGAGGUAGUUGAUGCAUCAUCUUAUCAGAGAACUGCAGCGACGGAUCAUCAUUCAAAAUCUGUAAUUUCCGAUGAUACGUGCGCUGACAGGGAUGUCAUGACCAACUACGGGUUGGAUUUUGAGCUGGUGAAUUCAAGUUUAUGCAGUAAUGAAUCUGUACCUAAUUCAGCGCAUUCUGGUUCAGGAGUAGUUGGGAGUAAAGAUAUGUCAACACGAUUAGAGUCUGAUGAAGAGGCCAAUACCUUGGGUGACGAAGAAAAGAAGGCAAACCUGGUCAUGGAUCCACCAUAUUCUUCAAGUGUCUCCGAUUUUCAACCGCAGUCGGAAGAUGAUUCUCCCAGAUCCUCUGCCAGAAAACACCUAGUGGAGGAGCGAAAUGGUGAGAGUCUACCCUGUUUAUCUACUGUCCCUGAUAUUCAGUUGCAUGAGGAUGAAUCUGAUCUGGAGGAUCAUAAUAUGGUUGAAAAUAUAGCUUCCACGUCAGAUAUGUUUUCUCAUAAUACAGAUGGUACUCCAGGGAUGAUGUUAUCCAAAGACUUAAUUCCAUCGGAAUUGGAUGAUGAGUUUCCAAAGUUGCCUGAAAACUCUCUGUCCGUUCAUCUUGAUAUAGCACAUAAUGAAAACGAUAUAAAAUCAACGGUUUCCGAAGGAGAAAGUCUAACUGAAGAGUUGGAUAAUAAGGAUUCAAAUGUUUCUGCUGAAUCUCCAAAUUAUUUUCCAUUGGCCCAUUCCGAAGCUGGAGAUGCUGAAGACAAUCAGUCUAGCAACUCCCUUGACAAUCAGAUCACCUCGGAAAAUUCAAUAUUGUUACAUCUAGCAAACUCUCCUGAUUCACAGCGAGCAUGUAUUGGUGCUCUCGUGGUAGAUGUUAUUCCUGAAAAAGAGACAUUAUUAAAUGAAUCUACUGAACAAACUCCAAAUGAUUCAGAAACUAUAGAAAAUUCGUAUACUCCAGAAGGUCUUGAACAGCCUACAGGAGUUCCACUGGACGAGAUGGACGCAGUCCCCAUAUGCAUGAGUUCCACUGGACGAAAACUUACUGAAAUCUCAUGGUUUCCUGAUUUGAAAUCAACAAGUGAGGUUCAUGCAGUGUCGGAUGAGUCCGAUAAUGAGGAACCUAAAUCAAGUUCUGCAGAUAUGGUUUCUGCUGCUCCUGCAAUUUCUGAUAGCGUGACAAUAGAUGAAGUCAAUGUACCAGGUCCUAAUAAAUUGGGAGAAGGGAAUAUUGACGACUCAGGUCUGGAUGAAUUCGAGAAUGAUAAGAACAGUAUCUCAGGAAGUCAUGGGGAAUCAGGCCUCGUUGAGACAGUGGACCAAACAGAAGCUGCAACAUCAACUUUUGGAUCAGUCUUCUGCCACGCUAUACAUAAUGAUCCUGCCAUAUCAGAAAUAUCAGAUUCUGUUCCUAAUUCUCACCUUGAUUUAGAAGUUGUCGAAGCUGCUACACUUCAGUCAUCGGUGGACCAAAGUGGCUUGGAUAGAAGACAUGAAUUUUUCCAGCAAAAUAGUCUUGAAAAUCACAUCACAGAUGCUUCAUCUUUGCAAGUUAAUUAUGACACUGAAGAAUCAAAAGUAGAAGAAAAAACAGGGUUACCACCCACCCAGCCCGAUCAAGAGUUACCGCAGUCUGCUGAAAUGAGUUCAGAGUUGUCAUCUUUGCCCUCUGUAUAUCACCAGCAAACACUAGAUCACAUUCUUCGUGAAGGAGACAACGAUUCUGCCUCGCCAUUGCCACUUGUUGACAAUCAAAGUCCACCUUCAGUUUCUGAGCUUCACACUGGUUCCCCUGGAUAUUCCGUUGAUCCAUUCGAUUUCAUUUACCCUCCAAGUAAUCCUUUCUCCGAAGCAAAUCAGAUAAAUCUGUCCGACUUACCUCCAUUGCCACCUCUCCCUCCUGUUCAAUGGAGGAUGACAAAGCUUCAGCAUGCCUCAUCUUCUACAGAGGGACAGAUAAUGAAGCACAAGGGAUUAUUCCCACCAUUAAUCUCCCCAAUAACAGCAUCCACUAAUGAUGUUGCCUAUCCUCCACCAACCAUAUCCACUGAUAGUAUUGACUCUUCCCGACCGAACGAGUCCACUAAUGAUGUUAGUUCUUCCCCACCAACCUCAUCCAUUGACAAUGUUGGUUCUUCCCCACCAAACACAUCCACCAUUGUUGAUUCAUCUCCACCACCUGCACCCAUGGAUGAUGUUGGUUCUUACACACCAACCGCACACACUGAUGAUGUUUGUGGUUCUUCCGCACCGACUACAUCCACCGAAGAUGUUGGUUCUUCCCCACUGACGGAAUUAGUUAAUGAUGUUAGUUCCUCAGUUGAAGAGAUGAAACACUCCGUGAUUCAAAUUGCCCCAGAAACUGCUUCAAAAGAAGAGAAAACUGAAGCUAGCUGUUCUAGUGUGGAAGCGAACAUUAUUCAUGAGACAGUCGAACUUCCACCAAAGAUAGAAAACAAGUAUCAGCAUUUUGUCGUACCAAAUUCAACAAGUGAAUUUCCAUCGCCAGCUGAGGAAGAUGGAGUAACAAAUGGAAGUAGAACGGUGAAACUGCCACGGCCUCGCAAUCCUCUCGUGGAUGAUGUUUCUGCUCUUGAUAAGAGCAAACUAAGGAAAGUUACAGAACGAGUCAGGCCUCAAAUACAGAAGGUAGAUGAAAGAGAUUCAAUCUUGGAGCAAAUAAGGACCAAGUCCUUCAACCUGAAACCUGCAAUAGCAUCAAGACCAAGCACUCGGGGUCCAAACACCAACCUUAGAGUUGCUGCAAUUUUGGAAAAAGCAAAUGCGAUUCGCCAGGCUUUUGCUGGUAGUGAUGAAGAUGACGAAGAUUCUUGGAGUGACUCGUAAGAAAUUGUCCAGGGAAAUACAUACAUUCCCUAAAGUAUAUUAUUGACAGAAAAAAAAUAUGUGGAAGGUGACUGCUUUACUUUUCUCAACCUGGAAAUCCUCGAUUCGUCUCGUCAUCUUCCUUUUGGUUCCCUCUCAAGCCACCAAUUACAGUGCCUUUUUCAGCCCAAAGUAGUUUCUGGGUUAAAUAUGUUUGAUACAUGAACGAAGCAAAGGUUGUACAUUGUAUACGAUGUAGUUUAUGUGUAAAUGUUUGAUAGUAUAUAUACAUAUUGAAGCUGGUGUAACAAAUUGCAAGUGUAAAAGCAUGCCAUGUUCAAUUUUGUCCUUGAGUGUAUACUUCCAAUUUUUUAUUUAUUUUCCAUGUAAUAAUUAUGUUCAGAUGAUGUACUCAGGAAUUGUAAUAAGUUUGUUGAAACUAGUUACAUACACAUUUCAUCAAACA